AUGUCUCCUGCUGUUAAUACUGCGACUCCACAGGACCCCAUAAUUACUAUGAAAAACGCCAGCGCCACUGAUGCGUCUUCUAAAGAAAAGAAAACUUUUGAAUAUGAACAUUUAACCUCGGUGCCAGUUGUCCAUCCAAUUCCCAUUACUGAGAGGUUGAGCGCCGAAGCCGCUAGGAACUACAAGCCAAACUUGCCAGGUGGCUUUGAAGAGUACAAGGCAUUGCACAAGGAAUCAUUGGAAAACCCAGCCAAAUUCUACCAUGAGCGGGCUCAGCUGUUGAAUUGGUUCAAACCAUACGACCAGGUUUUUAUUCCAGAUUCUGAGGGGAAACCCACUUUCGAAAACAAUGCCUGGUUCACCAAUGGUCAAUUGAACGCCUGUUACAACUUGGUCGAUCGUCACGCGUUCUCCCAACCAGAUAAGGUUGCCAUUCUGUAUGAAGCUGACGAGCCGGGCCAAGGUUACAGCUUGACCUAUUCCGAGUUGUUGGAACAAGUGUGCAAAGUCGCACAAGUUUUACAGUACUCAAUGAACGUCAGGAAGGGCGACACUGUCGCAGUGUACAUGCCCAUGAUCCCAGAAGCCUUGAUUACCUUGUUAGCUAUUACGCGUAUUGGUGCAGUGCACUCUGUCGUGUUUGCUGGUUUCUCUUCAAACUCCUUGCGUGAUCGUAUCAACGACGCUUAUUCGAAAACUGUCAUUACCACUGACGAGUCUAAAAGAGGUGGUAAGACAAUUGAGACGAAACGCAUCGUUGAUGAAGCUGUCAAGGAAACUCCCCAAGUCACUAACGUGUUGGUCUACAAGCGUACGCACAACAAACAUAUCAGAUAUGUGCCUGGUAGAGAUUUGGACUGGGAUGAAGAAUUGAAGAAAUACAAGUCUUACUAUCCUUGCGAACCUGUAGACUCAGAACAUCCAUUGUUCUUGUUGUACACUUCAGGGUCGACUGGUGCUCCAAAAGGUGUCCAGCAUUCAACCGCAGGUUACUUAUUACAAGCGCUUUUGAGCAUGAAGUACACUUUUGACGUUCAAAAAGACGACGUGUUCUUUACCGCUGGUGAUAUUGGCUGGAUCACUGGUCAUACAUACUGUGUUUAUGGACCAUUGCUUUCAGGGUGCACAACUUUGGUCUUCGAGGGUACUCCAGCUUAUCCAAGUUUCUCUCGUUAUUGGGAAGUCAUCGAUAAGUACCAGGUCACCCAAUUUUACGUAGCACCUACCGCUUUGCGUUUAUUGAAGAGAGCUGGUGACUCCUACACUGAAGGGUUUUCCCUCAAAUCCUUGCGUUGUUUAGGUUCCGUUGGAGAACCUAUUGCUGCCGAAGUUUGGGAGUGGUACUCAGAAAAGAUCGGUAAGAACGAACUACCUAUUGUAGACACGUACUGGCAAACCGAAUCUGGUUCCCAUUUGGUGACACCAUUAGCAGGAGGUGCAACUCCGAUGAAACCAGGUUCGGCUGCUUUCCCAUUCUUUGGUAUCGAUUUGGCUGUAUUGGAUCCAACCACGGGCGAAGAACAAACAGGACAACAUGCCGAAGGUGUCUUGGCGAUUAAAAGACCAUGGCCUUCCUUUGCUAGAACUAUUUGGAAGAACAAUGACAGAUUUUUGGACACAUACUUGAAACCAUACCCUGGCUACUACUUCACUGGUGAUGGUGUUGCCAAGGAUAAGGACGGAUUCUUCUGGAUCUUAGGUCGUGUGGACGAUGUUGUUAACGUUUCCGGUCACCGAUUAUCAACUGCUGAAAUUGAAGCCGCCAUUAUUGAAGAUGAUAUGGUAGCUGAGUGCGCGGUUGUUGGAUUUAGCGACGAAUUGACAGGGCAAGCAGUGGCAGCCUUUGUUGUGUUGAAAAAUAAAUCCAGUUUAACCGCUGCUAGUGAUUCCGAAUUGCAGGAUAUUAAGAAACAUUUAAUAUUAACGGUUAGAAAAGAUAUUGGACCAUUUGCUGCUCCAAAGCUAAUCGUUUUAGUUGAUGAUUUGCCAAAGACUAGAUCAGGUAAAAUUAUGAGACGUAUCUUGAGAAAGAUUUUGGCUGGAGAAUCUGAUCAAUUAGGAGAUGUUUCCACCUUAUCUAACCCAGGUAUUGUAAAACAUUUGAUUGAUUCGGUGAAAUUGUGA